AGCAGCCCAUUCCAGAGCGUGGCCCCCCAGGUCUAGACCAACCCCAUUUUGGAUUGAUUCCACCCUACUUUACCACAUCAAGGAAUGGGUUGAGCUAUCGCUCGCCGCCCAUUCAGCUCCGACGCACCUUUGCUGUACCGUAAACACGCCUUUCCCCCGACCGUGGUUUUGGUGCAUCUUGCCUUUCCAAAGCUGUGCGUGCACUUUGGAUUUUUUUUUUUCUUCUGAGAGGAAUGGAAAGCGCCAAAACUUCCCCAUAUUGACCAGCAGAAAACACUGCACGGCGAUAGACUACAACAAUCGACGUCAACGGCUCCGCAGCCCUACCAGUUGCAUUUGCAAAUGCGCGAACGUUGAUCCCUUAGUCUAAUUCUCCUAGCUAACUGAGCGACCGAAUCAUCCGGAAAAGCAACCCCCAAUCAACCAACCAACCAACCCGGCCGGCGGCCUGCGCUACUGUGAGAAAAACACCUUCGGUGCCGCAAGGCCACGCAGGUCAAUUGCCCUGACAGAAGUCACGUCAAGGCAAGACAUAGUCUGUCACUCACACGACGACUUACUGUGUGUUCCUCCCUGUCGCGGGCCGGAUCAACCGUCACUCUGCACAUCUCCUCGUUAUUACCUGGAAUAUACGUUCUUUUGAUUGCUAGUUCAAGACCAGCAUAGUGGUUGGUCGACAACCAUUUGACCCGUCUGUAUAAUCGAGUUUUUACCGACCCCCAUCUCGCCCCAUCAUCGCACGCGAAUCAUCGGAAUACGACGAGAAGACUCCCGAAGACGACGACCACGCCGAUUUUGCCUUGUCGCGAAAGUCUGUCACUCACCGAAACCCUUGUUUUGUUUUCGGAGAGACUUGAAGCCGGCCUGGCUUUCGGCCCCACGACAUGCAUUCGGCACUCAUAACUCUGGAACUGUCUUCAUAGUCUCGGCCCUGCCAGGUCCGCAGCAACGCAGCCAUGAGGAUCGCCAUCCGCGAGCAGCUCGCCCUGCUCGUUGUAUUUGCCACCUUGGUUGCCCUUGCUAUCGUCUCGAUACCUGUCUGGAUAUACGUUCACCAAUUCAUAAUUGGCGUUCAAGAAAAUGCCCUCAGCUUGACCGCGUCGCUCAAAGCUGCUCGCAUAGCCGCCGAGAUCGACCUCCUGCAGACAACAUGCUCCACCAUCGCUUCCCGGGUACUGGUUCAGCGUGCACUGUUGAACUUUUACAAUGGUUCCUCGACGCCAAGUUUGUGGGAUGAAGCCAGGGUUGAUGUUGAAAACGCGCUUAACUUACCUGGCCAGCCCGAUCUCUUGCAAGCUCGCAUCUACUCACGGAACUCGACGGGAUCCUCGUCUACUGGUCUCAUGGCAACUACAUCAUCCAUGUUCCACGACAUCAAACUUCCCUACAACAAACCCGAUGGUACUCCUGCAAUGCUGGGCAACGACACGUACGGAUUUCCGCCCAUGCUUUACCCUAACAUUACAUACACCGAUACGGGCGAGCCGAGUCCUAUCUCCCCUGACACGAACAUAUUCUUCGCGGAUGCAUUUCCUGGCGUACGACUGACUCAGGGGCUGUUCCUGGGCCCCCUUAUCAUCAAUGAUACUUACGCCCUGGUCUCGCUCACCGUCGCUGUCCGUGGCAAUACGGACAAGCUUGUCCUCGGUUACAUGACCCUCGUCGCUUCGGCUUCCAAUCUUAUACUCAUCAGGAACUCUCCCGAGGGGCUCGGCAAUAGUGGGCUGACGCUCCUAUUUGGACCUAACGAGCAGUAUAACAGGUUCAACUCUAGCGACCCUCCGGUGACCAACAGCACUUACAAGAUACCGGACACUUUAAAAUUUGCCCGGACAAAGAUACACUUUGUCCUCCCACCUACGAAGCCAAACGGCACGGCUGACCGACAUCUCAAGCAUAGUUUUGAGAGUGGUAACUACAACCAGGAGUUUGAGCUCGGGGACUACCCCGCCGUCUUCCAAAGUUUGACAACGUUCAACCGACGGGCUGUCAACAAUGCCAUGGCAAACCUCUGGACAACUAACGAGCAAGGAGUAGAUGUGUCCGUCGGUACAGCGCGGCCCCAAUCGCAGUAUGUCGACUGGGUGGUUGUGGUGGAGCAGGACAGGGCAGAAGCGCUACAGGCUAUAACUACCCUGCGAACCAUCCUGCUUGGUUGCGUAUUCGGCGCCGCUGGACUCAUGUUUCUGCUCAUCUUCCCAUGCGCGCACUUUAGCGUGCGACCCAUUCGCGAUCUCAAGAUUGCGACAGAGAAGUCAAUAAUGCCCCCAGGCUAUGAUGAUUAUCACGGUGGUACGAGCGAGAACCCGGGAUCCGGAGUACUGUCGUCGCUAUCAGAGAAGGGCUGGCUUGGAGUCAUUAUCAGGAGGACGAGGCACAAGUUAGGGAUUCCCGCCAGGAGAAAACGGCGAGAAUCUGACCAAGACGAAAGCCUGACUCAACGUCAAGUGUUCAAGAUUCCUGGAAAGGUUCAGGAUCGCAAACACUACAUAACAGACGAGCUGACAGAGCUGACUACCACAUUCAACGAGAUGACGGAUGAACUUUACAAACAGUACUCGUCCCUUGACGAAAAGGUCGCCGAGAGGACGAGGGAGCUUGAGAUUAGUAAAAAGGCCGCCGAGGCAGCCAACGAGAGCAAGACUCUCUUUAUCGCGAAUAUUUCACACGAGCUCAAGACGCCUCUCAACGGAAUCAUGGGCAUGUGCGCCGUGUGCAUGGAGGAGACGGACAUUACGCGCAUCAAGCAAUCCCUCAAGACGCUUUAUAAGUCGGGCGAUUUACUGCUGCAUCUUCUCGAGGAUCUCUUGAGCUUUUCAAAAAACCAGAUUGGACAUCAAAUUAAUCUGGAAGAGCGGGACUUCCGUUUGGGCGACAUUCGGCAGCAGCUUUUAUCAAUCUUUGACAAGCAGGUUCGCGAGAGCGGGACGCACUUCACGGUCGAGUUUGUGGGCCACGACAUACUCGACUUCUACCAGUACUCAGUCAGUCCCGACAGACAAAGUAUAGAAAAAACAAGGCUACCUGCUCUCGGCCCGUCAGCUGCAGGAGCCGGCAGGUUGAAGGAUAUGUGCCUGUGGGGAGAUCAACACAGGAUCCUCCAGGUGAUCAUUAACCUGGUCAGCAACAGCUUGAAGUUCACACCUGCCGGGGGCAAAGUGCAAUUAAGGAUACGAUGUGUGGAGGAGAUCGAGCAGAUCCACCCAACCGGCGACAACAGUCGCUCUUCGUCCUUCUCAAAGAGCGGAUCUGCAAGGCAAGGACGCCCACGGCACCGGGUAGGUUCGUCGUCAGCACAAUCGGCAGCAUCGACGAAAGGCGUCUCAACACCAGGCACGACAGGAACUGCACUGGCCAUCAACCCGAUGGAUCCCAAAACUGUACCCCACAUUCAGGUACGCGAGAGGUCCUUGUCACCGCCUCCACCAGGUGCCAAGGCUUUCCUGUUCGAGUUCGAGGUCGAGGACUCUGGCCCGGGUAUACCGGAGCAUAUGCAAGCACGUGUCUUUGAGCCUUUUGUACAGGGCGACCUGGGUCUGAGCAAGAAGUAUGGAGGCACCGGGCUAGGGCUGAGCAUUUGCCAGCAGCUUGCCACGCUCAUGGGUGGAAACAUUACGCUGAGGAGUACUGUUGGUGUCGGGUCGGUCUUUACGAUGCGGAUACCGCUCAAAUACGUUAAGGACAGACCAUCCAGCACAGCCUCUAGCAGCAUGAAGUCUCGCCCACAGAGCUUGGUCUCUACUGACGGUGAUGCCACCAACGUACGUGUGGUGUCUCAUAGCAAGUCUGCCCCAGAUGGGAAGCAUGCUUCAGUGUUAGACAACAAGCCGCGCCUCGUAGGACUGAGCCAUCCGUUCUUCUCACCAACCCAAGCGGCGACACCCAAGAUGUCGACGGAAGAUCACAAAGCCAACUUGAACGAAAAAAUUGCCAAGGCAGUUGCGGCCAAGGGCGGCAACAAGCUGCGCGUUCUUGUCGCUGACGACAACUCGACAAACGUCGAGGUCGUUUCCAAGAUGCUUCGUUUAGAGCACGUCUCCGACGUCACGGUCGCCUCGGAUGGGCAGGAAGCUCUCGAGGUGGUCAAGGCCAACAUGGAGAACAACCUUUACUUUGAUCUAAUUUUCAUGGAUGUGCAGAUGCCCAACCUUGACGGCUUGCAAUCCACGCGAUUGAUCCGCCAGAUGGGCUACAGCGCACCCAUCGUGGCCCUGACAGCCUUCAGCGAGGAGAGCAACGUCAAGGAGUGUAUGGAGAGCGGGAUGAACGAGUUCCUGGCCAAGCCCAUUCGCAGGCCCGCGUUGAAGCAGGUCUUGCGAAAGUUUGCCACCAUUCCCGAGGAGCCCGAAGAUGGCAGGCGGACGACGCCACCUACAAGUGCCAAAAAUGUCGUUCCUGAUCCCCAUGGGGUUAAGUCACCAGUUCGAACCGAAGUUGCUGAGGCGACACGCGAGGGCCUGCCAACCGGCAACGGCAAUGCUGUAGGGCCGGAUGUCAAUACCAACAACAGCGUCUUGAUAUCCCAGCCUCCAUUAUCGCCCAUGAACGGUGCGGCUGUGGCAACUUGAUCAUCACUCGGCUGUAUUACUUGAAUUUUACAUGAAAUCUCCUUCUUGAUGAGCCUUCCGCUUCUAUUAUUCAUUUUGUUUGUCGUCUGGAUACCCCUAUAAGCAACACGGCGAACUCCUCAUCCUCGGUCGUUUCCGUUUCCUGUUUACCUCUCAUCAAGUACCUGUCUACCGACUCUAUUUUGGGCUGUGGAAUUCACGACUCGUCACAUUCUUGAUGGCGAAGAAAAGAAAAAAAAAGCAACAGAAAAAGUGUGCAUUUGCACCAAUGGGGUCAGUUGCCUCAUGAAACAAGGCAAGGUUUGGGAGAGAGCGUUUUUACUACCCCUACCCUUCAUAAUAACUGGGAUAUAAGAGGUGUUUUUAGGAGCCCUGGGUAAAGAAUCUCGUUUGUCUUUGAUAACUCAUAACUCUUUUUUUCUUUACCCGUUGAGGUCAUUCAUUUCUCUUCAUCUCAUCAUAGGCUCGGCAUGUCUCCUGUUCAUAUCACUCCUAUAGGUUUUAUUGCUUCUGUACAUAAAUUAAGGUCGGAAAAUGGCAGCUCGAGUUGUUUAGUUAAUGCCCGUACACGUAUACAUUAUACAUAUCAUCGA